GCAGGAGUAUCUUGCAACUCGGCUUGAGAUGGAGGGUGGGUGAUGGACAACAGAUAAAAUUUUGGCAGGAUAUUUGGGUCGGUGACAAGCCUUUACAUGAAGAGGUUCUUUCACAAGAUUUAUCUGCUUCCAUGGAUAUCCUUGUUUCCCAUGCUAUUACUUCGGCUGGUGAAUGGAAUGAGGUCCUGCUCGGGCACCUUCUUCCUAGAAAUGUCGUGGAGCAGAUUUUGGCAAUCCCAAUCCCAAUGUUUGCGCAGCAACCAGAUAGAGCAUAUUGGAGUGGUUCACAAGAUGGUCUUUUUUCUGUAAAGUCUGCUUUCUCUCUACUGCAAAAACAGCAUGUAAAUCCGACUCAACAAGAAGGGCAUUGGAAGUGGAUAUGGAAGCUACAAUGCUUGGAAAAAAUCAAAUUGUUUGUUUGGCUUCUUCAGAGAAACAGAGUACUCACCAAUUCUGUGAGAUUUGAGAGACAUUUUGCAACAACCCCAGUUUGCCCAAGAUGUGAGCAAGAAGCGGAGACACCAUUGCAUCUCUUGAGAGACUGUUUCCAUUCCCGUUUGAUCUGGGAGUCUUCGACUAUCCUCCCUAAUACCUUUUUCAAUUUGAGCUUUGAAGAAUGGUUGAGAAGGAAUGUGCAGGAUACUUCAUCUAAUGGAGCCUUGCUUCACAACUGGUCUACAUUCUUUCUAUCUACCAUCUGGGUGAUUUGGAAGGGCCGGAACACAUUUAUUUUUGACAACAGGACGAUUCCCCCUCAUGUCCUCUACCAUCAAGCUUCCUCCUUAGCAGCUGAUACAAGGUUGGCUUUGUCAACAAGUGUUAUGGCACAUACCCGUUCACCUAGAUGGGUGAGAUGGUUCCCUCCGAAUUUUCCAUUUCUUAAGUUGAACACCGAUGGGGCAAUGAACCAUCCCUCUGGGAGUGCUAGUGCUGGCGGACUCAUCCGUGACCAUGGAGGCCGAUGGCGGCACGGUUUCGCCACUAACAUUGGACAACAAUCCAGCUACAUGGCAGAGCUUUGGGGCUGCCGCACUGGUCUUCAGUUGGCUUCUGAGCUGGGAAUUACCCACUUGAUUCUUGAAAUGGACUCUCUUUUAGCGGUACAGAUGAUUCAAGCGAGGAAAGCUGGGGAAGGUCUGCCUUCUGUAUUGUUACUGGAUAUUUUCCAUUUGAUAGACUCCUUCACAGUUUGCACAAUCCAGCACACUUUGCGCGAAGGGAACUCGGCAGCUGAUUUUAUGGCCUCACUUGGCCAUAAUCUUACUCAAGGCACUACAUUCUUCCCGAAUCCACCUGAUAGCAUUGGGAGCAUUCUUCAUAGAGACAACAUGGGAACUUUGUUCCUUAGGACUUAGCUUUGUUUAGCUUCUUAUGUACCAAAAAAAAAAAUACAGUAGAGACACAGACUAUUAUAUUUACCUAAAUUCACAGGCAACAAAAAGCAACCUGGUAAUUACAAGAAAUAAAGGGGAAAGUAAGUA